CACAAGACCCAGCUCCGAUCUGAGGCGGCUAAGAUCCGGAAAUCAUUUUAUUUUAAUCCAAAGAGUCGGGUAAAUUUGUAGUCAAAAUUUACUUAGUGCCAAGAUGUCCACCAUCGGAAUCAAUGGGUUUGGGCGCAUCGGAAGGAUGUUUGCCCGCCAGGCUCUCGUCCUCAAGGAUGUCCAGAUACUGGCCAUCAACGACCCCUCGCUGGAUCCCAAGUACCUGGCCUACAUGCUGCGCUACGACUCCACCCACGGCCAGUUCAAUCAGAAGAUAUCCAUAGAGGGAAACUCGCUGGUCGUGAAUGACAAGAAGAUCCAACUGCUGAAGGAGCCAGAUCUCAAGAACGUGAAGUGGGGUGACCUCGGCGUGCACACCGUGGUGGAGUGCUCCGGUCGAUUUACCACCCUGAAAGCCUGCCAAGCGCACCUGGAUAGUGGUGCCAAGAAAGUAGUCAUCUCCGCUCCGUCGGCCGAUGCUCCGAUGUUUGUCUGUGGAGUGAAUUUGGAUAAAUAUAAACCCGAAAUGACUAUAAUUUCGAAUGCCUCUUGCACCACAAACUGUCUGGCGCCGAUGGCCAAGGUCGUCCACGAUAACUUCGAAAUAACCGAGGGCCUGAUGACCACCGUGCAUGCGGCCACUGCCACCCAGAAGAUCAUCGACGGACCCAGCAGCAAACUAUGGCGAGAUGGGCGCAGUGGCAUGACCAACAUCAUCCCGGCUGCCACGGGAGCUGCCAAGGCAGUGGGUAAAGUUAUCCCGGAACUCAACGGAAAGCUCACGGGCAUGGCUUUCCGAGUGCCGGUGCCCAAUGUCUCGGUGGUGGACCUGACUUGCCGUCUCAAGAAACCCGCCAAAAUGGAGGACAUCAAGAAGGUCAUCAAAUCGGCGGCCGAAGGCGAAAUGAAGGGCAUUCUGGGUUACGUGGAGGAGGAGGUGGUAUCCACUGACUUUAACGGCUCACGCUUUGCCUCCGUCUUCGAUGCCAAGGCGUGUAUUGCCUUGAAUGACAACUUUGUGAAGCUGAUCAGUUGGUACGAUAAUGAGACAGGCUACUCCUGCCGACUCCUGGACUUGGUUCUCUACUCCCAGUUAGCCGAUCAAUGUGCCGAGAUGGAGAAGGAGGAUGAUUCUUGUAAAAAGGAUGAUCCUUGUAAAAAGGAUGAUCCUUGUAAAAAGGAUGAUCCUUGUAAAAAGGAUGAUCCUUGUAAAAAGGAUGAUCCUUGUAAAAAGGAUGAUCCUUGUAAAAAGGAUGUUCCUUGUAAAAAGGAUGAUCCCUGUAAAAAGGAUGAUCCUUGUAAAAAAGGAUGAUCCUUGUAAUAAGAAUGAUCCUUGUAAUAAAAAUGAUCCUUGUAAAACAUA